CCUUCCUCUCCGUGGUUGAUGGGACGUUUGGCUGACAACCCCGGGGCUUAGGAGGGGGCGAUGGAACGGAAGGAGCGCUUGGUCCAGCAACGCGUAAACUUUGGCAGAAUAUAGCAGUGCGGCUAUGAUGAUAGAAAUGGCAGUAAUUUGAAGAGUUGGCCAAAAACCAAGGUCGUUCCAUUUGAAGUUUACUUCCACUGCUUAUUUGGUUAGAAUCUUAUGUGUUCAAAAGCCAGAAGAAAUGUGACACAAUGCAAAUCAUACAACAUCUUUCUUUAAUUUGAUUUUCCUGCUUUCCUGCAUUGUAGCAGGACUCCAUCAAGAAAAGUAUCCAAAGAGAAGCUUCUAAUCUAUGAAGGGCCAUGGGCUUUUGGCCUGCCAACUUUCAUUUCUCCUACAAACUCAAGCUAUUGAUGCUCAUUACCCUCUGCAUCUUAUUGAUAGGCUGGGCUACCUCUACUUACCGGGUGGAUAUUUUACAUGAAACUCCAGCAGAAAAAGGCAUGGUUGAAAGUUUCAGGAAGCCAACCACUAUUAAGGAGGAACAAAAGGAGAAUUCAAAGGCCAUCCUUAUCAAGAAACUACCCACAGCAAUACCCCCCUGUCCUUCUCUGUCUCCUUAUCUACGAGGCCCCAGCAAGCUGACUUUCAGAGCUUCCCUCACUCUGGAAGAGCUGCAAAAAGAGAAUCCUUCGGUAGCCAAAGGGCGCCACAGGCCAAAAGAUUGCACAGCUCAGCAACGGGUGGCUAUAUUGAUUCCACACCGCAAUCGAGAGAAGCAUCUGCUGUACCUGUUGGAGAAUCUUCAUCCAUUCUUGCAGAGACAGCAGCUGGAUUAUGGCCUUUAUGUCAUCCACCAGGCUGGCAAUGCCAAGUUUAACAGAGCAAAACUUCUAAAUGUGGGAUACCUGGAAGCACUGAAAGAAGAGAACUGGGGUUGUUUUAUUUUCCAUGAUGUGGAUUUGGUGCCAGAGAACGACUUCAACAUUUAUGUAUGUGGCAGUCAGCCAAAACACUUGGUAGUGGGGAGAAAUAGCACAGGUUACAGGUUGCGUUACCAAGGAUACUUUGGCGGUGUAACUGCUCUGACAAGGGAGCAAUUUCUGAAGGUGAAUGGAUUUUCAAACAACUACUGGGGCUGGGGAGGAGAGGACGAUGACCUCCGGAUCAGGGUUGAAAUGCAGAAAAUGAAAAUAAUCCGACCUUCCCCCAGUAUAGCCAAGUACACUAUGCUCUUUCAUACCAGAGACCAAGGCAAUGAGGCAAAUGGCCAGAGAAUGAAUCUCUUGCAUCAGGUGUCUCAAGUAUGGAAGACCGAUGGGCUAAAUUCAUGCUCCUAUAAACUGCUUUCAAAAGAAUACAAUCUUUUAUAUACGAAUAUUACAGUGGAUUUUGGAAGGCAAACUAAGUUCACAUAACCAUUUCUUAUGGCUAAUAAAUUUUAUUCAAAUGGACCCCCCAAAAGUAAUGACUUGAGCUACAGCAGUGAAAUAUUUCAUUUUCUGUUGGUGGAUACUCAAGUUCUUUAUACAGGGAAUGUUUUUGAGCUAUAAGACAACACUGGAAUUAAAGACUUUCUUUGGAUAAAUGUAACCCUUUGUAAAGAAUUCUACUGAACAUUUUU